CUGCGUAGCGUAGCUACUGUUUCUGCAAACUGAACGAAGUUGGUUCGAUACACAGGAAAGUGGUCGGUGCCAGUUUAGGUUGGGAAUAUAUACUGGUUUAUACGAGGUUGUCAGUAUUAAUUACGAAUUAGUAUUGAAUUUACUGCCUGACUCGAGCAUAUUCGGUCAAGGCAGGAGAUUUUGUACAUUGGAAGGCUUAGCGAGAAAUUGUUUACGUUUUGUUUUUUUGUUUUUUUUUUAUGCCCUGACUUCAAACUUUUAAAAGAGCUUAGUCAUAUUUAACAGUUUCGUUUCUAAAUCGCGAAAUUAAAGUUUACGGAAACACCUGCGAUACCCAAGUGACAAGGCGAGUGGUUUUAUUGUUUACACUGCUGAUUGUUUUGCUUCGUCGCUGGCCGUGUCGUUUACCAGUUUCUUUUUAUUCUCGAGUUUCGAUUUCCCUGCUGCCGGAUUCAGCGUGUAGGAAACAAACAAAACGGAGAACAUGUCUGAGGAAAGCACCCAACUCUGUGCCAACUGCAAGCGUGACAUCCCUUCAGUGAAUUUCACUAUCCACGAGAUUCACUGCAGGAGGAACAUCAGCCUCUGCCAAUACUGCAAGGAGUCGUUUCCCAGAUCUGAAAUGGAGGAGCAUGUGGAAUUGGAGCAUGCACAGGUGGCCUGUAAGUGUGGGAUGAAGAUGGAAAAGAGACAUGUGGAGAAGCAUGAGCUGUCAGAAUGCGGUCUGCGUCUAAAGAAGUGUCAGUUCUGUGAUCUGGAGCUGGCCUUCAAGAAGUGGGGUGACCACGAGGAGUAUUGCGGGGCGCGCACGGAGCCCUGCCCACAGUGCCUGCGCAACGUGAUGGUGAAGGAGCUGAGCACUCACCCAGCGGUGUGUGGCACCCAGCCGGCCGAGGAGAGGAACAACAACCGGGGCCGCAUGGGCACCGAGGAGCUGCUGCCGGGCGUCUGGUUCGAGGCCCACGCCAUCAGGAACCUGCUGCAGGGCGAGGCGGUGCGCAACAGCAACCGCCCCCCCGGGCUCAGGGUCCCCCGACCCCUGGAGAGCAGAGUUCACAACAGCACCUGGGCAGCCGGGGCAGCACUAAGGGGACAGGAGAAGAGAAACACACCCGCCAGGAACAGGAACCAGAAUCAGGUGGCUGAAGAGGAGGGUUUUCAGAGGAACUGCAGGGGACAGACUGGAGUGGAGGGGGGCGGAGAUGAGAAUUCGAACCUGGACUACCUGCUGGCUCUGAGCCUACAGGACGAGAACUGCGAUUACACCAGGGGCCAGGGCACCUGGGCUGACCAGUGGGGAGACAGAUUGACCCAGAUAGCCGAUCCGCUCCUCUUCCCUGACCGUCUGACUGAGCUGAUGCAGCCCCCAGUCCCAACCGUGUCCAGAAAUAAUAACCCCAUUGAGAGAAACACUGAUGAUGCAAUGCUGCCUUGUGAAUUCUGUGAGAAGCUGUUCCCUGAAGAGGACCUCAUUCUGCAUCAGACUGGCUGUAACCCCACGAGUGCCUUUGCCUCCUUCAGCAAGCGGCCUCCCUCCCCCCUUCAGGAGGACAGUCUCUUCACAGAGAGCCCGAGUCCCUUCUACAGCUCCCAGCACCUCACAAGUAAAUUCGCCUCCUUGUCCUAUGGCCCCCCUCCAGGGCCAGCAGAGGGCACUGUGGUCAUUCCUUGUGAAUUCUGUGGUGUUCUCCUUGAAGAUGAUGUUCUCUUUCACCACCAGGAUAAGUGUGACCUUCGACCUGGAACUGCUUGUCCUACGGAAAGGCCAUCUGCCCGGGAGACACUUCCUCCCAAAGUGGAGAACAGGAGGAAGAACUCACCAGAGAUUCAAAGGAGACAAGUCAGACAACAUGGAGAGCUGGGAUCUGCCGGCCUGGAAUAUUUGAUUGAAAAGCCAAGAAACCAAGACAUUCCUGCAGGCGUGAAGCCGUUAAACGGGACCCCAAAUUCCAGGGAUCCCUGGAAACCUGAAUCCAGGACAGGUCCACUGAAUCCGGUUAAGGUGAUAAACACCAGCAAUCGGGAGAGGCGGGGUCCAGGAUGGAGGGAGCCGGCAGUGGGAGUGACUCCAACCAGUGGCACCAGGACUCGCUUCCCAGAGGGCUACGAGCCCAACUCUCCACAAGCCAGCUCCGGCAGACAGGCUCCAGGUGCAAGAACAGAAGAGAGGAGGAACUUCAGAGGCUCGGUCACAACUAAGCCGCACAUCCCCAAAGUGAGAGAUGUGGAAAAGGAGGAAUGACAUCACUUUCCAGCAAGACUCUAGCACUCAAACUCAGGCUGCUUGACUCUGUACAGGCUGUGCAACACAAUCUAAACUGUAAAUAUGUGUGUGUAGAUGUACUUUAUUCUUGCACUCUUAGUGGAUGUAGCUGAAUUGAACAUUUCUGUUGUGUAGUGUAAUAGUUCCGAUCCAGAACCUAUCAAAACUAUUGUGGCGAGGACUCUGACAUUACUGUUUAAUCAAAUCUUAUUUUGUACGUUGUAUACCAAUUGAUUUUUGUAAUAAGUAAUUAAUUGUCAUUAAUCGCAUUAAACAUAUAGUCACUUACUGGGUUAAUCUUUGUACUGGUGUGUCAAUAAGGAGGGACCGUUUCAGCUUACAUGUGUCUCAGUUUGACUCGUACUUUUUCUUUUAAUGCAUAAUGUGUAGAUAGUCGACUCUUAGUUUGUGCCAAAGUCAUGAUGUGACUGUAUGGGAGAGUAUACUUUAAUUACUGAGCCAUUGAAUGCAUUAUGUAGUUCAAGUUGUCAGCUGGACUUUACCCUUUUAACACAACAGUGUGUAACUAUACAGUAAGAUAACCUUCUGUUAAGCAAAUAACAGAAAUGAUCCCAGGUUUUACAUUAAGAGAAUUUAUUGUUUGUGACACAGAAAUCUGAGUUUUUCUCUGUAGAAUCCAUUCAAACAUCACUGUGUUAGGUAUAGAUGUAUACAGGGUAAACAGUAAAGGUUAAGUUAAAUGCAACCAUAAAUAAUUGUAAUAAAUAUUGUAAGUAAAUAUACAGCACACAUUUAA